AUGUCCUCCUCUGGGCUUGAUAUCUCCGAACUUUCGGACACCGAGAGGUCUGCUCUCGAAACCUAUACUACCGUGACAGGCCAGGAACCGGCUGAAGCCAUUCCGCUGCUGCGUCGGUGCCAAUGGAAUGUACAGAUUGCAAUCUCCAAAUUCUUCGAUGGCGAAGGACCGGAUCCCGUUGAGGAAGCUCGCGCAGCCAUCGACAACACUCCCCCUCCCCGACCGAGUCGCCAGACGCAGAACCUCAUGAGAGAUGACCUCACCGCGCAGUUGUCCCCUGCCACCCGAGCUACCGACGCUGCUCCCCGAGUCGUGACACAACCGGAGGACCAGACGGUCUUUCGCCCCCCGUUCCUACUGGCUAUACUAUUCACUCCGUUCAACAUUAUCUACCGCAUACUGUGCGGUUCUUUCCGCCUGUUUGGAGCGUUGUUCCCCUUCCUGCCCCGCUUUUUCAACACGACCGCAAAUCCCGCUCUCCAGGGAGCCCGGCGAAACACGAAUGGACGUCGCGCUCUGGGACCCAAAGACACGGCCGCUCGGUUCAUCCGGGAAUUCGAAGAAGAAUACGGCACGAACUCGCCCGGAUUCCUGGAAAAUGGAUACAACAUGGCUCUGGAGAAAGCCCACAAGGAACUCAAGUUCCUCCUGGUCGUCUUGAUUGCCCCCGAACAUGACGACACCAAUGGCUGGGUCCGCGAUACGCUCCUCUCCCGGGAAGUGGUGGACUUUCUUAGUGACCCGCAGAACAAUGUGCUCGUCUGGGGUGGUAAUGUCCAGGACUCGGAGGCCUAUCAGGUAGCCAACUCUCUGAAGUGCACCAAAUUCCCGUUUGCCGCUGCCAUAGUGCACACCCCGAAUGUGUCGUCGACGGCGAUGUCGGUGGUGGCGAGGAUCUCCGGAACUACGUCUCCGACGGAAUUUGUAGACAAACUCAGGUCUGCGAUCUCGCAGCACAAAGAACCUCUCGAGCGGAUCGGCGCCACGAGGGCGGAACAACAGGCCUCGCGCAGUCUCCGCGAGCAGCAGGAUUCGGCCUACGAGCGAUCUCUGGCGAUUGAUCGGGAGCGCGCACGACAGCGACGGGAGGCGGAAGCGGCCCGCCAGCGGGAGGAACAGGAGGCCGCCGAGCGUGAAGCGGCCGAGCAGAAACGGAUACGCGAUCUUGAGCAAUGGAAGCGGUGGCGAGCACAGACCAUCUCCGACGAGCCGAGCCCGGACGUCAAAGACGCGGUGCGCAUCAGCAUUCGUCUGCCGUCCGGGGAGCGAGUCAUCCGCAAGUUCGGACCUGCCGCCGAUAUCGAGGAACUUUAUGCCUUUGUUGAAUGCUACGACGUGUUGCAGGAGCUGCAAGGCGAAAAGACUACAGAUGUCGAGAAGCCUACUGGGUUUGAGCAUCAGUAUGGAUUCCGACUGGUCUCGCCAAUGCCUCGUGCGGUGUACGAGAUCGAUGCCGGAGGCACGAUCCGCGAUCAGAUUGGCCGCGGAGGCAAUCUCCUUGUCGAGCCGAUUGACGAAGAUAGUGACGAGGAGGCCGCAGCCGAAGCCGAAGAAGAAUCCUAG